AUGCAAGCCGUGAUGAGUUUUGAGCUUAAAGGAGACUAUGACUUGUCUACUAAUUACUACACGGUGGUCCCUGAUACCGGUGACACUGUAGAGGUUUGGUUCGAACUAGUCAACACAACAGCUUCACUAGAUGGUGCUUCUAGAGACGUCUUGCUUGUCAACAGGACAUUUCUAGUUAAUGUACUAAGUUCUAACAAUUAUCUAUUGGUUUACAUUUACAACAGACUUUUAACUAACGGCACUGGCCUUUAUUUCUAUAGUAUACGACAAAAUAAUACGAACCCAGUGGAUGGCGUUCCAUUAAUUACACAAUAUCUGUCUCUUUAUAGUCAAUCACCUGACACCUACACUUGGCGAGCAACGCAGUAUGGCAGUACCUGGUGCCACUCGCAUUUCGCCCUCCAGGCACGGGAAGGGGUAAUAGGGGGGAUCUUGAUCAAUGGACCGGCUACUGAAAACUAUGAUACAGAUACAGGUGUACUCUUUCUGUAUGGUUGGACAGAGGGUUCCUAUAGAAUCAGGCUUGUUAACGGCGAUAUCGACACGCAUCCUAGAUUUAUGACCGACAACCACAACAUGACGCACUCGGGUCCUUGGAUUGGUAUAGGCCAAAGUUACGAUAUCGUUCUCGAUGCAAAUGAAACCCCGGGCAAUUACUGGAUAAGGGCUAUUCCGCAAGCCACUUAUAGUAACGACAAUGUUGAUAAUAUCAAGGAAAUACUCAGGUAUGACUGGACCAACGCAACCAAGCCAAACACAUCUGGAUAUUUAGACAGAGACAGCUGUGAUGAUGAAGAUGUCAGUAACUUGGCCCCGUACCUUUUUCUGGAUGCUAGCACAGAUACUGUCGAAGACAAUUUCGCAAUCACGGUUGGCCGUUCCGACAACCUCUUCGGGUGGUACAUGGCUGGCACCACAUUCGUCUUGGAAUGGGACGACCCAACCAUCCCCCGGGUCUAUAACGGCACACCAAUUUCAGAAAUUCCUCGCACCCAAUUCCGUCCCUCGUCCUAUCAUCUACACGACCAUGACUUCUACAUUCUCGCCCAGGACUCAGGCACUUUUAAUAACGAUAAGGUGACUCUGAGUCUGAGCUUUAAAACCGACAACCCGGGAGUGUGGCUCUUGCAUUGUCAUAUCGGGUGGCAUACUUCGAGUGAUUUGCCCUUGAGAUCGUUGAGCGCUACUUGGAAAUCGUAG